AUGGAUGAAGAAGCCUCCAAGGACCUUCCUGGCGCGCAACAGUCACGUCCGGCAGCGUCAAGAAAACGGGGAAAUGCCUCAAGCGGCACAGACAGCGAGGCAACGGAGUUCUACUCGGACAGCUUCGACUCAUCGGACGACGACUUCACGGUUGUCAUGAGCCGAAAUGCAAAAAGAAGACUGCUGCGGACAUCAUCGUCGGCAAGUGUAUCCACCGUGAAGACUACACCACAGCGCUGGCCGCACACUAUGCUCUUCAUGGCCAUAGACCCUGCGGCCAAUUUACGCCUGCUAAACAGGCAGCUGGUGAGCGAGAUUGAAGAAACGUACCAGGAGGGCACCGUCCGAAACUUUGCCGAUGGAUUCAUCUCUCAGAUGAAAAAUCGGCAAGAAGCAAACCAAACGUUCACACGCAAACUGCUCGUCGGAAAUGUAGCUUCUUUCAUCGGUGGUGGCACUGGCACGAUGUGCACUGCCCUGGAGUGGCUGUUGGUGAUGUCCGCUGCUAAGCCGCAUCAGCAGAAUCUCGUGAGAGCCGAGACUGACGCCGUUAUGGAAUCGAGGGAGCCCGGGUCAAGGAUUACAUGGAGUGAUCGUUCGAAGAUGCCUUACACAGAGGCGUUCACUUGGGAGACGAUGCGGUGCAAACCUGUCAACCCGCUUGCCCUUAUGCGAUGUACUGCGGAUGACGUCAAGUUGGGUGGCUACAUUGUCCCACGUGGAAGCAUCAUCAUCCCUUCGUUCUGGUCACUGUUCAACGAGCCCUCAUAUUGGAAGGACCCGGAAGUGUUCCGCCCGGAACGUUUCCUCAGCGAGAGCGGCCACUUGUUGACAAAGCCGCAGUGGUUUAUUCCAUUUUCUGCCGGCAAGCGUUCUUGUCCUGGCGAAUCUAUUGCCAACAUGGUGGUGUUUGUCUACUUCACAAACAUUCUGCAUCACUUCAUCGUUGAGGCAUCAACCACCGGUGUUCAACUGAACGAUGAAGUUCUGGGCAUAACAAUGCGGCCAAAGCCAUGGGAGCUGGUCUUCAGACCUCGGAAAUUGUAUCGGUGA